AUGCAGGCUCCUGCUGGGCACACACGCGAUACAACGCAGCAGCAUCUCCAGGCCGACUCCCACAACACGGGCGCCGGCGGCAGCAGCGGCGCCGCCGCCAUCGUAGCAGCUGCAGCUGCAGGGACACCCAAGCUGUCGCCGCCGCAGGCUUGGAAGGAGGGGGAGGGUUCGUCGUUCUUCGUGAAAGCGGCGCCCGGUCCAGCAGCAGCAGCAUUGGCAUCAGCAUCAUCGUCCAGUGCAAUGCCAGGCCAUAAUCAGCACCAGCAACAAACGCAUAAUCGUAGCCCGUCCGGCUCGGCGUGCGCGUCGAGACCGUCAUCGGCGUCGUCAGCUGCCUCGCCGUCCCUGAUGCCGUCCCAGCGCAAACUUUCGCCCCCCAAGACGACAACAACCACGGCGACCGCCACGUGCAGGGGGAAGGGCGUCGCGCCACUCGUCUCGUCCGAGCGCGCGAGCAGGGACGUGCCGCCAGCUGCAGCGGCAAGUGCUGUCGCUGGCGCUGGCAGGGAAGCUGCUUUGGGUGGUGCAGGUGCAGGAGCCGACGCGGGAACAAGUGCAGGAAUGACUUCAGCAGGAUCCACCGGCGUUCUUGCCUAUGCCGCUGCGGCCGAAGUUGGUGGUGACGGUGACCAGCCGCCGGACCGCGACGGCGAGCCAGCACGAGAGCAACAGCAGCGCCCUCCGCUGACGCCCGCCAGCAGCUCCGCGACGGCCGUUCCGCUCGCAUUCAGCCGCGCACGCGCGCACGCGCACGCAGACGCGGACGAGGAUGCUCACGAGGCGAUAGAGAUUGAGCGCUCCAUCGGCGGCGCGUGCAGCCUGCAAGAUUCUGCGCUCCACGCGGCGCAAGGCAUCGGCAUCGGUGACGGUAUGGGCGUAGGGGGCAAGUGCAAAGAAGAGGUGCCGGAGGAGAGGGACGACGAGAAUGCAGAGCAUGAAAAAGUCGACGGCCUGCUGUCCCGAGCCGCUGCGGCGCUCUCGCUCGCGCCGAUGAGCGGCCACGGCGCCCAGCAGCGACAGCAAGCAGGGCGGCGAGUCCGCGCAGCGUCGCCGUCAUCGUUGUCAUUGCUGCCGAUUGCGCGGUGCGGUGCGGUGGCUGCGACAGAAUCAGCAUCUCCUUCCGCGCGCACGCGCCGCAGCUCGUCCAUAGGCGGCAUCUUUGACCUCGAGAGCGAUUCACCGCCGACGGCGGUCAAGCCGCUUCCUUCUUCCUCCCCCCCUUCCUCCUCCUCCUCUUCCGCUGCCGCCGCUGCCGCAGCCGCUUCGAAGCCACGUACCCUCACUGCGGACGGCAGCGUUAGCGUCAGCUCGUUGCACCCCCCAUCAUCAUCGUCAUCAGCAUCCACGACCGCCAGCAUGACACUUCCGCGCACUCCGUCCCCCUUUGCAUCGCAGCAUCAGCCGCCUCGCGCCGUAGCGCUUGGAAUGCGCAACGUCUCGCCCAACUCGUCGUCGUCAUCCUUGCGCUACGAGUACCGUGGCUCUGACGCACUACAACAGCAGAAGCCACGCGAGCGCCACCAACAACAACAACAACAGCAGCAGCAGCAGCGCCUGUCGCCUGCGUCGUCCGCGCUGCUGCUGCGCUCCGCGUACGAUGCGGCGCCUCGCACAGGUGCGAUCGGACGCCCCUCGCCGUCGCCGUCUCCAUCCCCGCCUCCUUCUUCGUACGCACAUGCGGGCGCGAUACCGAUCCUUUUUGCCGGCGGGGGCGCCGCCACCGCCGCGGGCGACGGUAUUAGCAUGGGGAUGGGCCUCUCCGCGUCCUCAGGCGCUUCCGCACCGCCGCCGCCGCCACACCUCGUCGGCUCUUCGUCGUUCAGCCUCAGCCCUAGCCCCAGCCCCAGCUCGAUGCAGCACGCGCUCAAGCUCACGCUUCCGGGAAUCGGCAGCGCCAGCCUCGGCGCCACCGGCGGGCGCGCGCCGUUCGACACGGCGCCCAGCUUCAGCAGCCCGUUAGCGCAUGCUGCCGUGCUGCCCGACCCGGAUUUUGAGGACUUUGAGGAGCAGCUGGCGCACGAGCACCGGCAUGGACAUGGCCAUGGCCAGCUGGGGGGCGACUUGCAGCAAAAGAACAAAAUCUUGCUCCAGGUGACAAGCGGCGCUGGCGGCUCCACCUCCGACAAUGAGGGCGAUGCCAAUGCCGACGCUGGAGCUGACGACGUGGGUCCGGCGCCGAAGAGCAGCCAGAGAGAGCCGGAGCGCUGGCAGUCUUCGAAGCGGACUGCCUCCGCAACGAGCCAAGGCACCACGCUCUCCGACGGUGACUUCUCGCCCGAAGGUGGGGCCGGAGACAGCAGCCACGUCCGCUCCUCGUCUUCUGCGACAAGCAGCAGCGAUAGGCGCAGCGUGUCGGACCGACAUGGCCGCGUCGUCUCCGCGUCUGAGAUCAAAUUCUUGCCGCGCGAGCGCAUCGCAUCCGGCGGGAACCCCGUCCCAUUCGGCAGCAUGGCCCCCCCGCCGCUGCACGUCGGCCAACAGCAGCAGCAGUUUGCAGCGCGCGAACAGCAACGGUCGGCGUCUGCGUCUGCUGCGCUCAGCAUCAUACCCGCCGGAAGCGUGAGGGCCGGGAAAAGCGUCGACGUACCAUCCCGCUCCCGCGGCGAAAACGGUGGCUCGCCCACGUUCGCCAGCUCGGGAACGCAGAGUCCGACCCCUCUUGCUUUUCGCGCCGGCGCCGGCAGCAGUUUACAGCGCGCCAACUCGACAAGUACACGUGUCCGAGGCGUGACGGGCCCUAGCUCGAAUGCUUCGCUGCCGACUGCGCCGCUCGCAAUCGCAGUCGCGGGUCGCGGACCUGCGUCUGGCUCCGCAGGGGCCAGCCACCACGGCUCGUCGCUAUCCGUCUCGUCCAACGUCUCUGUCCUGUCGACCGAUUCGAUGGACAGCAUCUCCCCGCCUCAUGGAACCUACGGCGGCAGCGCGGCGUCCCUCGCGACCAGCUGGGGCGGCGGAAGCAUCAGCAGCGGAGCAGGAGGUGGGGGCGGACUGGCCGGCGAGCACAGCGGGUCCACGCUUGGCCUCAUGGCGAGGCGCAGCGUCGGGCCCUCGGGCUCGCUUGGUCCCGCAGGAAGUGGAAGGCGCAAGCGCAGACCAUCCGCUCCCGCCAUGCCGUCCGCACAUGCACAUCGACGCGCUCGCAGCCUCGGCGGUGUUUUGCUCGCCGACAUGGGGUCUGCGCAAGGCACCAGCAGCGGCAGCCUGCACAGCAACACCAGCAACGAUACCUCGAGCAGCUCUCCCGCCAGCAGCAAGAGCUUCCUCGGCGGCUACGUCGGCUCGCCGAUCGGCGGGCCCGACGGCGUCGACCCCAGCCUCGUCGCGGCAAUCAAUCGAAACGACAGUAGCUUCCCAGGUACGCCCGUGAACGAGCAUCCGCGUCUGCUCUCUCUCUCUGCUGCAUCGGGCAUGUCCCUCGCCGCGGCAGGCUCGAUGAACCCUUCGACGACUCCAUACGUCAAGAGCGAACGGGAUCGAUCCAAGACGACCUCGUCCACGUCCAUUGGCUCGCAGCAGAGCAGCUUGACGGCCGGCUCGCGGUCCGUCUCGCGGUCCGACUCGGUUUCGAGCGGAAUGAUCCUCAAUAGGAAACGAUCCGACCUACUCUCCAUCUUGCCGGACACGCGAGCCCUGGCCAACAGCUACCCCGCCAUGGACGAUAUUUCCUCCGCUAGCGAAGCGGAUAAGCAGGCAGAAGCCAGUGGCCUUGCGCCUAGUCCACCGAUCGGCGGUCCUGAAGGCUACAAACGCUUGAGGGCACGUAGUCAGACGGUCGGACUGGCUAGUCCAAAGACCGCUGCCGCGGCUCAGUUUGGUACUUCGGCUAGCGCCAGCAGCAGCAGCAGGUUGGGUGGUAGCAUGCCGAGAAGCGGAGGCAACCCGCUGGCAGAUGCGAUUCGACUGCAACGAGUGCCUACGUCCGUCAGGCUUGCUGGUGAUCUGUUCCUGCCGCCGUCGCCACGCUUGCAGAAAUCGCAACAUACCGCUGGCGGAGCGACUUCAACGUCGACGGCCACCGGCCGGAGCCUUGGUUUGGGAAUCGGAAACAUGGGCGCGGGCGGUCUUCAAUCGCAUAGCCCAUCCGGGUCCGCGUCCUCGCCAUGGUCGCCGCAGACCCCGCUGGCAACGCGAAGUCCGAGCCCUGUGCACAUCAAGAACAAUAAAGGCUCUCCGCCAUCGCCUGAAAAUGAGUACAGCUCUGAUCAGUCCACGAACAGAGUUGACUCUCGAGACCCACUCUACAUAUCCAUUCCCCGUCGCAGAUACUCAGCUUUGCCGUCGGCGCCGCAUGCGUCGCUCUCUUCGUCUGUUUCUCCUAAUGCGACGAUGCUAUCAACGUCGAUGUCGCGUCCGCAAAUAGGCUUAAUGGACAGCCCACCCGGCGCAGCUGUUAGAACGACGAACCGCAAGAGGUCCAGCGCAUCCCUUGCGCCCCUGUUCUCGCUGCCGAGCAGUCCGAAUGUGUCCUUGCGGCAGUUCGUGUCUUCGCGACAGAGUAGUGGGAGCGAUGCCAUCGCUCCUUGGCGAAAUGCUUUCGAUGACGGAAAUUCGACUCGGCCGGCUCCAUGGAUCGCGAGCUCUCAAGAAGUCAAGCUUCGGCCAAACCUCCUGGACCAGUGGGAUCCACUUGCUUGCAGCAACACUGCGACCGAUGAGUAUGCGAAGAUCAUCGUCGCGAGCCGGAAUGCCAAGAUGCAAAAGUGGAAGAGCAGCAGCAUGAUACCAAAGGCAGGAUCUCCUGCACUGGGCGCGUUGCCACAAAUGGAAGGUAGCACCAGUGGACGGGUGUCUCCUAAACGGACCUCGCUCACGAGCGCAGAGCUGCUUCGAAAGCGAGAGAAGAUUCUGGACGUGGCAACGAGCGGGUUCGAACCGGAUGAGAAGGCUUCGUCGUUCGAGCGCGGAGAGAUUGAGUGGGUAGACUGGCUUGACGAAUACCAAAGGAUGAAGGAGACCAAGAUGCGGACCGAACAGGAAGAGGAGAUGAAAAAAGCAGCUCCAAGUGCCACAGUGGGCAAAAGCGAGGACAUGCCUUCCUCCGGAUCAGCUUAUUUAUCGCUUCCACCAAAUGCUCACCUAAGACCACGGUCUCCACUGGAGCCGAGAUUGUCCAAGAGUCAAAGUCAAAGCCAAUUACUCGGAGAAGGUGGUACUCCGCGGCGGCCAUCGGAAGCACCAAGGAGCGCAGCGCUGAGCAGCACCAGCACGGAAUCUAGGUCUACUUCGCUCGCUGGCUUGUCCCCCCGCCCGUCUGCAGCGUCUGAUUCUUGGACGUCCAAGCAGAGGUCUCUAUCCUCCUCGCUAUCCAUGGUACGAACGUACAGCGAGAAGCCGACAGGAAACAUGCUCGCCAGUGGGAAGAAGCGCAAGAAUCUUGGAGGCAAAAUUGAGGCAUGGUGGUCCGCCGUCAAAUCAGGAUUCAGCGCCCAUGGUCCGGAAGAUAUUCCGCGCCAGCAUCCCACCGCUAUUCCCUCUCCGCCCUCAGGCAAAGGGCAUCGACGCAUGCUUGCCAAAGACAAGCCUGAGUCCGGCUUCGCUGCUGCAUCUGGCGGAUUCGGUCAGCACGCCAGGGCGUCGAGCAGCAACAAGCCCCUUGAGGCUGAAACAUCAGGGCGUACGCUGCGCUCGCAAACUUCUGCGCACACCCUUAAGAGCAGGAGUGACGCUUUUGAGAAGCCAGCGAAGACGGACGCAGCUUCUGCUGCGCCCCUUGUGCUUGCUUCGCGAGAAGCGUCAGCAUCUUCCCCAUCUCUUUCGUCUGCGCCAGGGAGCGAAGACACGACAGGGAAGGAGGGUAGUAGGGAUAAUAUACGCAAGAAGCAGCCUCCACUGACCCUUAAGCUCGACAAAAACCUGAGCACAUUCACGUCUGCAGCCUUCCGUUCGGAUCAGCCGAGAUCCUCGAACGGGCAGCGCUCAGGAAGUGACUCGCCGCCUGAUUCGCCUCGAGGUACCAGAAAGUUGUCACAGGCGUGGGGACGCCCGACACCGACCUCAGCCUCUUCCAGUGAGCGCUCGCAGUUUGAGAUUGCGCUUACCAGCCACAGAGACUCGGCCGGCAAAGCUCGUCAUUCUGUGGAGACGCCUCCGACAAUGUCGCACUCGAAAGACUUCACCAUCAACUACAUGCGUCAGCAGAUCCGUCAACGCCUUGCUUUGUCAAAGCAGACUUGUGACAAUGAACUCCGCAAAAUCGUGGCUGCGAUCAAUCGCCUCGUGGAGGAGGAGCUGCAAGAAGCCAGAAACGACGAGGCCGAGUCUCAGGGCGGCCUAGGGCUCGAAUCAGGCGUAGAAGAGCCAAACAAUGCAGCGUCGUACUCUCAAGCGCCAGUGCAAGCAACUCCAUCACGACAGAGUAUUGCAGAGCCGCAGCACUCAAGUGCGAUUGAUGAUACGAACUUUGACCCAGACGAGACGGCUCACGCAAUUGGAUUGACGCCGUCCGAGACUCAGACACGGCCCUCGGUGGAGCUCGCUGAGUAUCGACUUGCUGCUCCGCCGCAGCGUGCGGCUGAUGCUGUCAAGUCAUAUUCAUCGCAAGGCGUUUUGCAUCGUCAUCCUGGUCUUCGCUCGUUGCGCAGUGCACAUGCGCGAUACAACCACUCCUCAUCUAACUCAACGUCAAGGUCCACGUCAAGGUCGCAGUCACCAAUGCCUGCUUUCCUCUCAGGAGCAGUACCCCUCGCGGACUCGCCGAACUUGUCACCCGCACGACGAUCACGUCUAUUGCCAGCAGAAGAUUUGUCGCAAGCGCCGUACAUCCCUGCGCUGCAGGACAUCGUGACUCUUGCGGUGGAGGUUAUCGACACGCCCAUCAGUGUCCUGACCCAGCGGUCUGGCAUGUGCUCUGAGAUCAUCGCUAAUGUCCAAGCCGUCGGGCGAAACUGGGAUGAUCAUCCAGAUUGGCCAGGCAGGAACUGGUAUGUUGAACUUUUGCUGCACAUUGCAUCCUUGUCACGCGUCGUCGAAUGGUGGGUCGCCGAGAAGGCCAACUGGCAAGACGUUAACGAUGAGGACGACAACCAAGAAGCGCACCCCGUCAAGUUCAUCCUGGGUCCGCAGGCACAAGAUAUGGACCCCAUCGUUGAAAAUAGAUCAGCGGCCGCUAGAGCACAUUCUGUCGCGAGUCCUGCCAAAGCAGACGAUGCCAGGGAUAGCGGUGUGGACAGCGCUCCCAGUGGCACCAAUUCUCCUGCGCUUUUACCCGUGGACAAACGCGUUCGUCGAUCCCGUACGAAUAGCCAUGUGGUACAUCCGAAAGAUUCGAAGCGUGCGACAUCAGCCGCUCGCACGUCUGCCAAACAUGACAUCCCGAAUGUGCUCAUGGAGUUGGCCCUCGACGGCGACCAGAUCAUUUACCUCAGUCCUUCCUGGCGGCAUGUGAUCGGCAGUGAGCCCGACGAGCUCAUAGAUACGCUGGUCUCCAUUUUGCUAGCUCCGGUAGACGAAGACGUCUUCCAAGAGGCAUCAGCCCAGCUCCAGGCAAACCCCGCACACACUGUUGAGGUCAGCUUUCGGUUGCGACUUCCGCCGGCAGUAUCGAGCAAAGACGAGAACGUGCACGACACCCCCCUCUUUCAACGUAUGGAGGGCAAAGGAAUGCUCAUGCACGACAGGCAACUCGGAAUACUGUCUCACACCAUGUGGGUAUUCAAGCCAACGUCGCCCCCAGAGCCAGAGGCAACAUUGGACGGUGACAGCGUCAUGGCCCGUGCCACCUCCAUGUCGGACCAGACCUCGUCGCAUGGCUUUGCGGCAACCAUUCCGCUGGAGCCUGUGAUGUGUAGGAUCUGCGAACGCGACAUCCCUACGUGGUUCUUCGAAACGCACUCAGAGAUCUGCAACGAAGUGCAUCGUCUAGAGAUGGAAAUCGCAGAGUGCAACGAGAGCCUUCUGGAGGUGAAACGAGCCGCCCAAUCCAUUGCUGAGGCUAUCGAGAACGGGCCGGAGACCGAUGCAAACCCUCCUUGCUACCAAGGAGUUCCCGUGACGACACCGCCGCCGUCUCAGCAACCACCUUCUGCCUUGGAGGGCCUGCAUCGGUCUUUGUCGCUCCGUCAAACUCAGCCAGCUUUGGUGCGGAAGCAGCAUCUCCGAGCGCUCGACAGCGCGGUCGAGGCGCUGCAAGCAGCAGCGUCCAUUUCCACGCCUGCCGUCAAAGAGGACGAAGCGAAUGUACCUGUUGAGAAGCAGCGUCUAUUGUCGCCUACCUCUGAAGACAAAAUUUCCCAGACUCGGGGCUGGACGAAGCCUCUGAUGGACGACCCUGCCCUCGAUGCUCUGAUGGACGAUGCAGAAAGUCACAUUCGCGCAAAACUCAGCGGAGUGAAUCGCAUGGUCAACACUAUCGUCUACGUCGAGACGGUUCGUUUCGAAUGGGAAGAGCGCGUAGAAGCGGCUCUGGUUAGCAUUGAGGAGGCAGAGAACUCCGGAACGCCGUCCAGCAAAGCCGAGACGGGUGAUGGCGUCGCUCGCGACAAUGCCUUACAUGCGCUCGGUUCUGGUCAAGCCCUCAACGACAGAGACGAUGACCUUCAAAGACGUACUACCGGUCUGCUUGUGGAAGACAUUCCGCCUUCCGAUAAGUCCGAGCUUCAUGAUGGCGCCGUCGAGCACGCCAACACCGAGGUGCCGCCAAUGGAAGAAGGCGCCAUGAGCGAGUCGCUUGCAAACUUGCCUGGUAUUCCGAUCCCGUCAGCAGCUACGCAUGCUGCGCACAAUCUUCUUCGCUCUGGUGCAGCGGUCGGGCCGCAAUACCUCAGUUCUGCAGAUGGCUCUCUUGGGGUGCGGGGUUCGAAUGGAACACCGCCUUUCUCACCUCGUCUGUCCCCCGCGGCUGCAGCCAGCAGUCACGGCGGUCAGUCCUCGCGCAAAAUGAGUAUGUCACAACAUCGAGGCUCGAUCGCAGGAUCCAUGCCGAUGUCUCCGCGCCUUCCACCAACGGCCCCAGCUUCCAGACCAACGGCAACCACCAUCAAAGAUUUUGAUAUCAUCAAGCCGAUCAGCAAGGGUGCUUUCGGUUCGGUCUUCCUGGCGAAGAAGCGUGCCACCGGUGAUUACUACGCCAUCAAGGUACUGAAAAAAUCAGACAUGAUCGCCAAGAACCAGAUCCUGAACGUCAAGGCUGAACGCAUGAUUUUGAUGACUCAGACCCAGUCUCCGUUCGUCGUGAAGCUGCUUUUCACUUUUAAUGACACAAAUUAUCUUUAUCUGGUGAUGGAAUACCUCCCUGGUGGCGACUGCGCGUCGCUAUGCAAAAUGCUUGGAGGGCUGGACAUCGAAUGGACAAAGCAGUAUAUUGCUGAGAUCGUGAACGGCUUGGACCACUUGCACUGCCGAGGAAUCGUACAUCGUGAUCUGAAGCCAGACAAUGUCCUCAUCGAUCAGAAAGGUCAUCUCAAGCUAACCGACUUCGGCCUCUCCAAGAUUGGACUUCUCGGGCGUCAAACGCAGGCCGGCAAUCGAUUUGGAGUCAUCAGCUUGAACACUGGCCGUCGAGAUUCUGGACAACGCUCAAACAGCCAGUCCGACGGUCAAGCUAAGUCCUCGGAUCGCAAUCCACCUCUCACGCCUUCCUAUCAGACGCAGGUGCCUCAUCCCGCUCGAAACCGGAUCCUCAGUACAUCGACCGAAGCAAGCGACUCUAGCGGGUCGGAUGGCGGCCACCUCCGCGCAAAAGGCCUUUCGCCUGCAUAUGGGCUCGAAAGCCCGCAACAUGCCUUUAAGCAGCUGCAGCUUCCCGAGCUGCCCAAGACAGAUAGACAAAACUCGAGCCCGCACGAUGCUGCCAAACGAUUCGCCGGCACUCCCGACUACCUGGCCCCGGAGAGCAUCCUCGGGAUCGGCAUUGAUGAUAUGGCGGUUGACUGGUGGGCACUGGGAGUGAUCCUCUACGAGUUCGUCUACGGCUAUCCGCCCUUCCACGACGACACGGUGGACAAGGUGUUCGACAACAUUCUGAGCAGACGCAUCGAGUGGCAUGACGGUGUCGUCGAUGUACCGCCAGAAGCUCGAGAUCUGAUGGAGAAACUCAUGUGUUCGGAUCCGAAAGCCCGUCUAGGUACCCAUGGCGCAGACGAGGUCAAAGUUCAUCCGUUCUUUGAAGGUAUUGACUGGUCGAACCUCACCACUGGGGAGGGACCUUUUGUUCCUCAAGUCAGCGACCCAGAGUCGACGGAUUACUUUGAUCUGCGCGGAGCUGUUUCGCAGUCGUUUGUCGGAGAGGACGGUCGCGAAAAUACCAAGGACUUCGCCAACGCGAUCGGGAAGCAGCCAGACAUGCAGCCGACUCACCCAUCGGCGCGUUCAGGUCGAUCACAGCAAGAUGCGUCAACGGAUGCAUUUGGGUCCUUCCGAUUCAAGAAUCUCCCGGUGCUCAAGCAAGCAAAUGAUGAGGUCGUCCGGAAAAUGCGCGGCGACCAGCUGCCGCCGAUGACACAGACGCUGGAGCAGCCGCUGAUGCACGCUCGGCACCGCAGCUUGUCCGGACGCGCAGGGCAAAAAGGGCGGCUCAGCAUCGCUGGCCCGCCGUCGCCAUCGACGUCGGUAUCGUCUCAAAGCUCAACGCCGUCGCGGUCAACCGCGCCGACUUCGCCGUCGGUUAUGCCGCACAUGGUCGUUUCGGCCAACCAGAAGUGGCGCACAGACACGCGGCUGCACAGUGGCCUGUCCGCCGGGUCGAGUGACUCUCCGUCUGGCGGCGGCUUGCAGCUGCAGAGCCCCGUGACAGGAGCUCGCCGCGGGGCCGCCCCCGGCGAUGCUCUGUCGGCUGCGAGUGCUUCGAUGGACGGCGCCAUGUCGCGCUUCCGCGCACUGUCGCUCAACGUGGGUGAGCCCCCAGCCAUGUCGCCGCUGUGGAGCCCUUUGCAAGCGGAUGCGCUGGAGCUUGACGAGUCGGCUCUGGACACGCAGGACGAGGCGAAGGAGGCGAAGGAGGCGGCCGAGGAAGCAACGCCACGGGCUGACAUGGACAUGGACAUGGGCGGCGACGGCGACUGCGACAGUGGCGGCGCUAGCGGUGGCGAGAGCGAGAGCAGCUCUGAGGAAGGACAAGAGGAGGGUUCGGAUGCAGCGUCGGAUGAGUCGGACACUGUACGAUGCCUGAUCGCAGAGGACAACCCGAUCGCGCUUAAGAUGCUGGAGAAUAUCCUGGUCAAGGUCGGUUGCGAGUGCCGCUGUGUGCGCAACGGCGCUGAGGCGGUGAGCCUCGCGAUGGGAGAGACCAAGUUCGCUGUCAUGUUUAUCGACGUGACGCUGCCGAUCGUCGACGGGCACGACGUGUCGCGGAUGGUCAAGUCGACGCGCAACGCGAACAGCCUCACACCCAUCAUCGCGCUCGCCGGCGGGUUGGGGCGCGACGGCGACGCAGAGCAGGAGCUGCUGUCACAGUUGCUGGACGCGUCGAACAGCGUUUUUGACGGUAUCCUCGCCAAGCCGCUUGAGAAGAGCCACGUCACAGAGCUCCUGCGCAAGCUUGGGCUCACAGCGCUGCAGCAGCAAGCGCGGCCACAAGUGCCGGUACAGGGGCAGGGACGGACAGAUGCGGUGCCGGAGGGAGAAGAAGAGGAAGGCAUUGAUGGGCCUGCCAGCGACGUGAUGAGGCAACAGCAGCGGAGCACGUGA